GUUAGGCGCAUGCCACCAGCUCCAUCCUGCCCUAGCCAGUGCAGGCGCGCGGACCUGAGCCACCCGGUGCUGGCAGCGCACAGCAGCAGCACCAGGUAAGCUCCUGUGACUCCUGAGAGGGCAGCUAACAGUCCUCAAUCUUAUGCCAUGGAUGGAGGCAGGCACCAGCCAUGGAGAAGGACAUGACAGCCUAUGUGUAUGAUCCUUGGCACAUAAAGCCAAAACCACCUCAAGACACAGCCACCAGUGCCUCAGUCUCCAUGAGGAACCUAGAGGGCAGAUACAUACAUACUACAGACCUGGAAGGAAUGUGACUUGGAAGACCAGCUGAGGACUGGGGUUUGAGCCUUGAAGGCCCUGUCUUAUGUUAUUCUUAUUUAUGUCCUGCACUUCACAAGGAACAGCUCAAUCUAUCGUACAACAGCACUAGGCCAGUCACUAGACCCUCCCCAGCCCUCCUUUGGCUUGGUUGGGAACCUGAAGCCCAGUGGUAGAAGAGAAGUGGCCAAGGCCAAGGGUGAGUGUAGAAGCUACAGGGCCCCAGAAUGGAGCCCAAUGGCACCGUUCAUUCCUGUUGCUUAGACUCUACUGUACUGAAAGUCACCAUCAGUUUGAUCCUCACCACCCUCAUCCUCAUCACCAUUGCUGGCAAUGUGGUCGUCUGCCUGGCUGUCAGCUUGAACCGUCAGCUCCGCAGUCUCACCAACUGCUUCAUUGUGUCCUUGGCAGCUACUGACCUGCUUCUUGGCCUCCUGGUGCUGCCCUUCUCUGCCAUUUACCAGCUCUCGUUCAAGUGGAGCUUUGGCCAGGUCUUCUGCAACAUCUACACCAGCCUGGAUGUGAUGCUGUGCACAGCCUCCAUCCUCAACCUCUUCAUGAUCAGCUUGGACCGCUACUGCGCUGUCACAGACCCAUUGAGGUACCCUGUGCUGGUCACCCCAGUUCGCGUUGCCAUUUCUUUGAUCUUCAUUUGGGUCAUUUCCAUCACCCUGUCCUUCCUGUCCAUUCACCUGGGGUGGAACAGCAGAAACGAGACCAGAGGGGGCAACGACACCUUCAAGUGCAAAGUGCAGGUCAAUGAGGUGUACGGGCUGGUGGAUGGGCUGGUCACCUUCUACCUGCCUCUUCUCAUCAUGUGUGUCACCUACUACAGAAUCUUUAAGAUCGCCAGGGAGCAGGCCAAAAGGAUCAAUCACAUCAGCUCCUGGAAGGCAGCCACCAUCAGAGAGCACAAAGCCACGGUGACGCUGGCGGCGGUCAUGGGGGCUUUCAUCAUCUGCUGGUUUCCCUACUUCACCACGUUUGUUUAUCGUGGGCUGAGAGGGGAUGAUGCCAUCAACGAGGUAGUUGAAGGCAUCGUUCUGUGGCUAGGCUACGCCAAUUCAGCCCUGAACCCUAUCCUGUACGCUGCCUUCAACAGAGACUUCCGCAUGGCUUACCAACAGCUCUUCCGCUGCAAGCUGGGCAGCCACAACUCCCACAUCACUUCCCUGAGGCUGAACAAUUCUCUGCUGUCCAGGAGCCAAAGCCGAGAAGGCAGAUGGCAGGAGGAGAAGCCCCUGAAGCUCCAAGUAUGGAGUGGGACAGAAAUCACACACGCCCAAGGAACCCCAGACAGGAAACCAGCGCUGUCCUACACCACAUGCUCCAAUAACCUUCUAAGCUGCUGUAAGAGCCUAUGGGGGCUUCAUUUUCUCCAGCAACACCCAGAAGGCCCCUCGGAGGAGCAGUCAGGAGAGCCACUGUCGGAGAAGACAGAAAGGACACCAUCACAGGAAAGAAUGAGGGCAUUGCCCUGUGAGGCUGUCUAGAUCCUGCCCAGAACACCAAGAUCCUGCCCAUAUUACCUGGAUCUCCUUUCUGGAGCCCCUGUGGACCAAGCCCCCAGACCACUGAGGACAAAGUUCAGCCUGAGCCUGGGGACUCACAGAAUACACAACCAGCUUCCCUGUGAGCAAACUCCAGACAGGUGCUUUGGCUUAUUUAUGCUGAAUUCCUUGGUUUCAAAGCUCACAUUGGUGCUGGCCCUGGGAGUCGUGAGCAGAGGCAGCGGACAUAGAUGUACACACAUGCAUGUAUGGGUGUGCUUCUGUAGAAAACAUGUACAUCUGCUGAGCAGGGCAAAGGAUGUUACUAUAAAGCACUGGUCUCACUCCCUUAUGGGAUCUCAUUAUGAGCAGAAAAGAAGAGAAGGGAAUAGGGGGGAAGGAAGAGGAAAGAAAUUGCCCUCCACAAACACCUAACUGGGUGCUAAGUACUUUGCCUACAUGGGCUCUCAUAAUUUAUACAUUAUGUGCUUAGGAUAAGCAUUACUGUCCAAAUGUUACAGAGAUAGAAACUGAGAGUCAGAGAAGUGUGAAGUAUACCUAAGGCCACUCAGCUAGAAAAUGUGCCUGGGAUAGAGGUACUCAGAAAGUACUUGGUGAGUGGGUGGAUGUGUGAAAAAAUGGAUGGAUGGAUGGAUGGAUGGAUGGAUGGAUGAUGGGUGGAUGGAUGGAUGGAUGGAUGGAUGGAUGGAUGGAUGGAUGGAUGGAUGGAUGAAAAUCCAGGUUUAUGUUCAUGUUCUUAAAACUAUACUACACUGUCACUCAGAAGAAAAGUCAAGAUAGUUUCUCAACUCAGCUAACCCUCCUCUAGAAAAUCAUAGCCCUCCGGGAAGCCCUCCAUGCUGAGAUACAGCCACUGAUGGUGCUUGUUAUAAACAAGAAGUGGUGUGCAGUGGACUUGGAGGACAAGUGUGUCUAUGGGUCCCAGGGAAGGACAGGUGAAAGUUGGGGAAAUGCAAAGGGUGCAAAUGUGUGGGUCAACCCAGCGCUGCCUUCUGCUGGCUACAUGACCUGGGCAUUCCGGGCUGCUCUUUACUCCUCUGUGCAAAUAGACAAGCUCCCUUUCUGUAGUUAGAGAACUACUGAAGAGACUCAAGGAGGUGGAGAGGGUGAGAGCUCUUCUCAGUGGUGUUGCCCUUCCUUAACCUCAACCUCUCCUGAUACCCAUGCUUCCUUGGUUUCCAAGACCCUCUCCUAUACCUCAUCAAAUCCACCCUUAACUUUUUAAUCCCUCUUUGUGACUCAUUAUCCUCCACACAACCAUCAGAUAUGGCUGCUCUCUAGGGCUCAGUGCUGAGACUUAUCACUCUGGCCCUCCCUUUGGGACCUCAUCUACAUUUAGACACAAGACAUAAGGAUUUACUGAUUUACAGCUGUAGGUAAGGCAUCAGGCCAUGCUUCACCUCCACCUGGAUACUUCAAAGGUACCUUACCUUUAACACGUCCACAACCACACUCUCCAACGUCUCCCUCACCUGCUUCUCUAAAGUCCCACUUCUCAGGCAAAGAACACAUCCUGAGCUUCAAAAGCUAAGGUCAGCCUCGGCCCCUCCUUUCGCCUUGCUUCUCAUGGUGGACACUCUAGAGUCUUCGCCCCAACACAUAUCCACCAUUCAACUGGUAAUCUUCAUCUUCCCUGGUUCACCUGCCCCAGCUGCUGAAGUCUCCAACAAGACAGCGGGACAAGCUGCUUAGAUCUCUUUCCUGCACUCUCUGCCACCACCCUACCCUUCCCCCAGUCAGCUCUCCACACAACAGCCUUGACGGGCUGUGAAAAUGCAUGCCCUACUGUGUCACCUACAGGAUAGAGCCUUCUUGAGGAUGGCCCACUGGCCCGGCUUGGUCAGCUUCCAUGUCCCUCCAGCUCCCCCUGCACCAUCCUCCACCUCUCUCAAUUCCUCCCCUAUUUGCUUUACAGUUUUAUUUAGAUCUACUAUUUCUAGCAACCAAGGCACACAGAGUGCUAGUUCCAUGACCCGAAAUGCUCUUUUGCCUUCUGGACACGUCAACAUCAUGAGAAACUCAUCUAGAAUAUCGUUUCCUUGAGGGAUUCUUCCUUGCCACACACUGUGGCACUUUCUUUAGAGGCUGUAGAGGUUAUAAUGCAGCAGUUGGCUGUGACUUCUUUUUUUUUUUUUUUUUUUUUUG